AUGUCGGAUAUACGGUAUUCGUUUCUUAAUACGUUGGAUUAUCUGCCUUGUGAUAUAGUGAGAACUUUAUGGUUAUUACAGACAUUGGAUGGUAAAUUGAGAGAUUUAGAUCAAUCAGAUGAACAAUUUAAGUAUUAUGGGGAUAAUUUGAAGACGCAAUCACGAUUUCUUGGUGAUUUGGUGGGAAAGGAAACUGGAAGACUUCAAGACCAAACUCAGGAAUUAGAAUUUCAAUUAAUUGUUAAAAAAAGAUAUAAUACCUUCUUAAAGAACAAACCUCAUUUAAUUAAAAAAUUAAAUAAAAAAUUGAAGAAACCUGCUGUUAUCAAGACAAGAAAAAAUAAAAUGAAAUUAAGUAUCAAUUUAAAACAAUUGAGGAAAGAAGUCAUUAAAGAACAUCGUUCAAAUAGUAUAACGCCUACUCCAACAUCAGAUAAGAGCAAUAAUAAUAAUAGUAAUGAUAUCCCUGAAGACAUAUAUUGUUGGUGUCAACAACCAUCCUUUGGUGAUAUGGUCGCGUGUGAUAACGAUAAUUGUCCCAGAGAAUGGUUUCAUUAUUCUUGUGUAGGAAUUACUAAACCACCUAAAGGUAAGUGGUUUUGUAGUACUAAAUGUCAAAAGGAAUGGAAGACUAAAAGCCGACAGAACAUUAAACAACAUAGAAAUUAA